CACUGCUUUGUUGUUGCUGUGAACUGAAGGAAGUCGCGCAGUGCAUUUUUUUCUGUAUCAACAACAAUAUCAUCUCUUCAACUACUACAACUACAACACAUAGCUGAGAGCGCGCCACCAACAACAACAGCAAAUGAAAAUAACUGCAAAUGAGCAUACACUAAGAGAAAAAGAAGAAUAGAAACUAAGACAGUGUCCAUGCUGAAAAGAGAAAAGGAAGAAUCUGCUACUAAAUUAUAAGAGCAAUCUUAAGUACAACCAAACUUCGGAAAAGCAAUAAACAAUUGAAGAAAGGAAGGAGCAGAAAUAACAACAACAAACAACAGCAGCAGGCCAGCUGAGAGCGCUGAGCGCCAAAAGUCGAGGAGAGCGCCCGAGAUCAAGCUUUCUCCUCAACUCAACUCAACUCAACUCAACUCAACUCACCACUCACCUCUACUCACCACGACUCACCUCAUCCUUCGCACCUUCGGUGUAUUUUCGAGGGUGUAAUUUUUUGUUGAUUCGAAAACUAACACACUCGCAACUCUCAGGAUAUGUACGGCAAUAAUAAUCCGGGUAGUAACAAUAAUAACGGUGGUUAUCCUCCAUAUGGUUACAACAACAAGUCGAGCGGUGGGCGUGGCUUUGGCAUGUCCCAUUCACUGCCAUCUGGAAUGGAUACAGAAUUCUCAUUUCCAAGUUCCUCGUCGCGUCGUGGUUACAAUGAUUUCCCCGGAUGCGGCGGUGGCGGCGGUAAUGGCGGUAGUGCCAACUCCCUUGGCGGCAACAUUAUCAACCUGCCGCCGAUAACCAGUAACAAUUCGCUGAACAAUCUCUGCGGCCUGUCGCUGGGCAGCGGCGGCAGUGACGAUCACCUGAACGAUCCAAGGGCGAGCAAUACCAACCUGAUUGUUAACUACUUGCCGCAGGAUAUGACUGAUCGCGAACUGUAUGCCCUGUUCAGAGCCAUCGGACCCAUCAACACGUGCAGAAUCAUGAGAGACUAUAAGACUGGCUACAGUUUUGGAUACGCUUUCGUGGACUUCACGUCCGAAAUGGACUCGCAGCGUGCGAUCAAAGUGCUGAACGGCAUCACAGUGCGAAACAAGCGGCUAAAGGUUUCCUAUGCUCGUCCAGGCGGUGAAUCCAUCAAGGACACCAAUCUGUAUGUAACCAAUCUGCCGCGCACCAUAACCGACGAUCAGCUAGAUACGAUCUUUGGCAAGUACGGUUCCAUUGUGCAGAAGAAUAUAUUGCGUGACAAGCUCACGGGUCGACCACGGGGCGUUGCGUUUGUUCGCUACAACAAGCGCGAGGAGGCACAGGAGGCCAUAUCGGCGCUGAACAACGUUAUACCCGAAGGCGGAUCACAGCCAUUGUCCGUGCGGCUGGCGGAGGAGCAUGGCAAGGCGAAGGCGGCGCAUUUUAUGUCCCAGAUGGGCGUGGUCCCACCCAACGCCCCACCGCUGCCGCCACCACCACUUAUCGCUCCUGGACACAACAAUAUGGUGCACAGAGACGGAGCUAUGGAAAAAUUACGCUCAUUAUUCGAUGCUAUAUGCGAUGCUAUCUUCGGUCUCGAUAGUGAAAACUUUGCCGAGUUGCUUGACGGACUGUACCGCAGGAAGUACCAUUAUCCCUACUUAUAAUUGUCACCGCAACAGCAGCAGCAACUCCUCCAACAACAGCAGCAGGCGUUGGGAUUCACCGGUAGUACCAACACUAGCAAUGCCAAUGGUAGCAACAACAACAUGCUACUGUAUCAUCAGCACUACCAUCAACAACAACAACAAUCGCAAUUGCAACGCCUGGGCAAUGUUGCUGCUCAUAGUACGAGUCCGAAUGGAAGCAAUAACAACAUUAAUCACAAUAAUACCCACACCAACACAAAUACCGCCAGCACCAAUGCUAACACCAACAUCAACGCCAACAGCAACAACAACAGCUUUGGCUUUAAUACAAUACGCCAGAAUGGAGUGGCUGCCCUUCACUAUCUUCAGGAGCAAUUGCAGCUACAGCAGCCGCAGGAGCCGUCACAGCAACCGUUGCAGCCAUUGCAACUUCAAUCACCACCGCCCUUUCAACAACAACAACAAUCGCAAGGGUCUGGGCAUCAUGGCAGUACUGGCAGCUUAAGCAAUAAUUUGCUUUCGAUUGGAAGCAGCUUUAACAGCAAUUCCAAUCAUACCAAUGCCUACGGUGGCAAUUACAACAAUGCCGGUUCGUUCCACAACAACAGUGGAGGAGGCAGUAACACGUUCAACCAUGAUCCCAGCAGCAGCAGCGGCAGCAGCAAUAACUUCGCAAACCAUCCCAGCCUCAGAGUGAACCAUUUUGCAACCAGCGGGAUUUACCCCAGCAACAGUAGUGGCUUUACCAACAAUCCCUCUAGCAGCAACAACGGCUUCCCCAACAGCCGCAGCAACAACAGUGGCAGCAAUCAGCAGACACGUACUAGCAAUUCCAAUAAUUCAAACAAUUCCAACAGCCACAAUAGUAAUAACCACCACAGUACGCAGCAGAAUGACUUCAGUUUUCCCAUGUCCGCAAGUGAAAUGGAACUGCAUCAGCAAACUCUGAAGCUGCAGCAGCUGCAUCUCAAUAACAGUUUCAACAACACCACUGCAACGGCAACAACAUCAGCGGCAGCAUCAACAGCGGCAACAACGGCAGCCACAUCCACUCCAACAACAUCAACGGCGACAACCACAAAUCAAUUUUUAUGGCGGACAUAACCUGAGAGUUGAGAAUCAAUCUUCAAAUUAUAACUUAUAUAUAACGAACGUAUAUAUUUAAAUAACACUAAGAAACUCUUAUAUUGAUCAUGGUAGUAACAGCUGCAGCAGCAACAGCAGCAUUCAUCGAAACCCAAAUUUUUAUGUUCUCAAAACCCCACAAGAAUUACCUUAUUUUUUUAUGUUCCUCACUCUAACCCUUAUGUUUUAGUUGGUUUUUUUCAUUUUUGUGCUUUUUUUUAUAUUUGGGAGGAAACUUUUUUUCUUAUUGUAAUUAUAUGUAAGACAAGACACGUAGUAUACAUAUAUGUAAUGAUUGAAAAGCCUAUGAAGAAGGCGAUCUUUUUUUUUGCUUAUACUUAGAAAACAAACAAAAAACUAUGAGAAGAACUUUUUUUUGUCACAUAUUUAUAACGUAUAAUCAUAUAAAAAAUAUAUAUAUACAUAUAUAUUACAACACACACAUACAUAUACACACAUUUUAUAUCUACUACUACUAUAUAGCUAUAGGCGUGAAUACAUAAGCUCUGAUUGUUUUUUUUUCUGUGUCUGAAACUGAUUUUUUUGGCGCGAACUAUGCCGCAACAACGUACACGGGGAACCCCCUGUGUAUGUUUAUAGCUGAAGUGAAACCAGAUAUAUAUGAGUAUAUUAUCUCUUUUUUUCAUAAUUUAUAAAUCCAAUUUUUUUGUCUAAAUAUAUAUAAAUAUAUAUUAUGUGUAACGAACGAAGGAAAUGGCUUAAAUAAUAUUUGGCUGGGACAUGCUCAAGUUUACAGGCUGUUUAUGGAUAAAUAAAAAACAAAACAAAACAAAAAUCACUUAGCUAGAAAUGUGCUUGAGUGGCAAGGACAGAAAGGAUGAAGAAUGAUAGGAGAAAGAGAACCCAGACAAAAUUACACAUACACAUAGAAUUUUUUGCAUAGCUAUAAUGGAAGGAUACGUGUUUUUUUUUUACUAAAUAUAAAUAAUUUGUAUGAAAACCAUUUUUUUGUUUAGUUUAUUAUACGAAAGAACUUGAGCAUGUUGCAGCAAGAAAAACAAAAACAAGGAACAGAAACGUUUAAGAAAUAACCGUGAUAGAGAGCCCGUAAAUCAGAGGAGACAUCAUGCAGUAAGGAAGAAAAAAAAGGAAAUAGGAAAAAAGGAUAGGAAACGAAACGAAAACGAAAAUGAAAACAAGAAAGAAGAUAGCACGCAAAAUCUUAGGCACCCGGAGUUGACCUGCAUUUGUAUUUUUUAUUUAAAAAACUAAACCCGCCCCAUUUAAAUGUUUUAAU